UACAAGCCAGAAUGUUGAAUACAUUUAUAUUAACAUACUUUACCAGCUGUUCAUGCGGUUGGAACUUUUAGCGGUAGGAAUGUGAGACCAAUAUAUCCACACGUAUAAAUUACAUCAACUUUUCAAAGCGCUGGUAGUGUGUUCAGAUUUCUUACCUUAAGCAUGCGCACAAAAUAAAAAUACAUGCAUACUUGCCGAACUCGUACACAUGUUUCAGGUGAUGGAAAUCGAAAUGCACUAUCAGCGCUUUGAAAAGUUGAUGUAAUUCUUUCCUGUGGAUAUGUCACAUUUCUACCGCCAAAAGGACCAACCGCAAAAGUAGUAAAAAAUAUCAUUUGAUUCAACAUUCUGGCUUGUAGAGCCAGGGGAAACGUUCCUGAUUCAAACGUUACAAUUCAAUGUCUGGUUUCCAGGCAAGGUGGUGAAUAAUCAUUGAAGCGCUGCCUAGUGUUCUAAGGUGCGUAUUUGCUUAACACACAACCUCAUUGUUUUAAUGUGAAUAACUCAUGUUGAGUUAGGAAAAAUUCAAGCAUAAUCCUUCACUCAGGUAUAACAUGUUACAACAUCCUAAUCAGACACUCAUAAUGCACCUGUUUAUAAAUCCUAGAUAGGUGCCCCACUAGUGCAUUGUAACCAUUAUCUUAUCUUCCUUUUAAUUUCGAGUUAGCUCGAGCACUUCAUACCACUUUAAUACCACAGUGAAAAUGCCUAUUUACAUUAUCAACACUUAAUUUUUUUAAAGAUUUAAAAAUAAAAAAUUGUUGUCCAUAGUGCCCAUACCGCAGGGGCAGUCUUACAUUAGUCCUUGUCCUAGUGCUUCGCACUGGUAGCAUAUUGGGCACCUCUGGGGUCCUCUCCCACAGCCACGGUCGGCAGAGAUAACUGCCCUGGUGGGGUCUUCCCCGUCUCAUUAUGUGUCUUGCCCACCCCAUCCAUCCACCAUUUUCCCCAUGUGUCCCUCCUGUGUCCUAUGCUCUCCUGAACUGGGCGCAUGUCCUUCCGGUUCCUUCCAUACUUUCGGCCCUUUACUACCACGUCAUAUGACCUUGCGCUGAUGUGCCCUAUGCAUGUGCCAAGACUCCCAAGUGGCAUCCCUGGCGUGAGGUGACAGGAGCACUCUGACAGCUUGGCCUUGUUUAUUACAGGCAGAUUUUUUGCAUGCUGGUCAUAGUAAUGUUUUGACUUGUCCUGACUUGCACGUUUGUGUCCCUGAAUAUCCCCAAAAACCUUUGGUGUGAGGAGCUUGGGAGUUGGCAACAAAGAGUGGGUGCGUCUAGACAUUAAGUGCUGUACAGGACUGCUGCCGAAGCCCUCUGUGGGAGUAUUUCUCCACGCCAAAAUGCCUUUGCCUUUGUGAUAAGUCUGCUAUUUUCACUGCUGACUCUGACUUACCAUUACUCUGUGUUAUGGUGAAGAGGUCACAUGAUGGAAUUCCCAGGCUUUUGCAAACAAAGCAAAGUCUUGACUUGUGAACUGGGUCCCAUUAUCUGUAACUACACCACUGUCAGGUAUGCCAUACCUGCUAAACUGCUGCUUACAACAGUCAAUGAUGCAACCGACUGUUGUGUCAAUCACUUUCUCUACCUCCCAUAAAUCAGAAAAGGAACGUUCUUUACUGUGAACAGAUCCAUUCCCACUUUAGACCAAGGACGUGUUGGUAUGUCAUGUGGCUGCAGCGUUUCCUUUUGCUGCUUAGGUAGAUUAGCAUUACAUAUGCUGCACACAGCCAUAAAAUGUUUCAUUUCUUGGGUCAUAUUGGUCCAGAAUACUGAGUCUCUGGCUUUCCUGAGACUGGCUUCGACCCCUGAGUGCCCUGCAUGGAUACGAGAGAGAAUCAUUGGACGUAGAAUUUCUGGCACUACCACCCUGUCGCCUUUGUAGACAACCUCUUCCUGUAUUGUGAGUUUGUCUCUGUAUGUCCAGUAGUCCCUCACCAGGAUGGGCGUACUCUUUCUUGUGUCUGGCCAGCCUCUUAGGAUAAAAGACUGAAGCAUUUGAGAAGUCUUGUCCUCUGUUGAAUGAGCUUUGCUAGCAUCCCGUGUCUGCGGGGAGAUGUUUUGAUCAGUAGCAUGGUUCACAUCUUCAAACUCCGCCUGUACAGCAUACUGUCUCAUUUGUCCGAUAUUGUGGGUGACUAGUUGUUUGUAGUGCUGCUCUAGACAAGAAAUCUGCAAUGUGAAGCUCUAUUCCUUUCUUGUAUACUACCUGUAGUUGAUAACGCUGAAGCUUUAGCAUCAUCCUUUUUGAAGUCGCUUCGGGGCAGACAGAAGUGUUUUUUGAAGAUAACCUCAAGCGGCUUGUGAUCAGUGUGCACUGUGAUAAAGUCCCUACCAUGAAGGUAUUGAUCACAGACGGUCACAGGCGAACACUAUGGCUAGGCACUCCUUUUCAAGUUGGCCAUAUCCUUGCUCCGUGGGUGUCAAUGUCCUUGAAGCAAAUGCAAUGGGCUGCCCCUUCUGCAAGAGCGCUGCCCCUAGGCCUUUGUCACUUGCAUCACAUUGUAGGGUCACUUCAGAGAGGUCAUAGUACCUCAUUAUUGGUUGGUUGCUUACCAAUGUCUUGAUUUGCGCCAAUGCAUCAUGUUGAGGAAGCCAUGCCCACAGCACAUCUUUAUUGGUCACCCGACACAAUGGCUCGAAUACGUCAGACGAGGUAUGAAUUUGGCUAAGUAAUUUACAAAACCAAGCAGUCGCUGCGCUGCUUUUGCACCUGUAGGUGUCGGCAUUUGCUGUACUGCCUCCACCUUCUUGGGGUCUGGCUUCAGGUCUUCAGCUGUCAAAAGAUGUCCCAUGUAUGUAAUACUGGUGAGCCUGAGCUUAACUUUGUCUUUAUUCAGCUUUAGAUUCAUCUCCCUUGCUCUUUGUAAGGGCUGAGUCAGGUUGUGGUCAUGGUCCUGCAAUGCUUCUUCCAUAGUAGCACCACAGCCAUAUACCAUGAUGUCAUUAGCUAUGACGCUUAUUCCUGGCAGUCCCUGAAGUGCAUCAUGUUGCCUUCGCUGGUUUCACUCCAAAUGGUAACUUUGUCCACCGGUAUCUACCAUUGGGGUCCAAAAUGGGAUGGGUUAACUACUCUUCAUCCAAACGUACCUGCCAGUACCCAUUUUUUUGCAUCCAUAAGUCAAAAGAUUUUCACUUUUGCCAGGCUUGGCAGUAUCUCUUCAAUGGUAGGCAUUUGGUAAUGUGUCCUACAUAAGGCUUUGUUCAGGGAACUUGGAUCAAGGCAGACUCUUAUUUUGCCAGCAACAACCAUGUUGCUUAUCCACUUAGUAGGAUUGGUGACCUUCGUAAUGACACCCAGUUCCUCCAUUGACUCAACAGCCUUUAGUAUAUUUUCCUUCCGUGGAAUGGGGGGAGGGAGAGCUGUUGACCUGAUCUAACAGACUCAUCCACCACCAGGUGAAGCCCUUCAAAAACGUCCUCAAACUGUUUCAAUAUUGCCUCUGAGGUGUUCGAGUCUGAUGGGACCUUUUGUUUUUAGUGUUGACAUGAUGAAUGACAUGCUGGUGGUUGAACACAUGUUUCUGCUGAAAAGAGAGGCUUUUGCAAGGUUUUCACCACUUGGAACUUUAGUACAUGUUUCCCCAUCAUGAUUGGCUUGUAGUUCACUCCCCUACUGGUACAGCCUUGCUUGGUUGUAGCUUUGCAUCUCCAUCCUACAUUACUUGCAUAAAGUCUCUGUAGCUGAGUAUAUUGACAGUUGAGCCACUGUCUAGCUGGCAUUUGAUAGUGCUGCUUGGAUCAUAAUCACAGUUGUCACAUAUCAAUGGGGUAAGCUUUAAGUUUGUAAACCAUUUAUCUUUGCCACUUUGAACAGAAUUAACAUCUCAUGUAUAGCAUGUCUGCUUCUUCAGCAUCAUUUUGAUCACUGCAUGUAUCCUGUUCUAGCAGAUUGACAGGCUUACUUUAUGUUUUUUUCCAAAGAAUUUGCAUAUAACCCCAUAUGGUGGGCAUGUGGCUCUUGCGUGUGUUGAUCCACAGUACCUGCACCCUUCUUUAGUAUUUUUCCGUCUUAGAUCACUGUCCGAUUAAUUGUUUCCAUUUUCUAUCGACAUGGUCUCUGUAUUUGUUCUGAGUGGCAUAAUUGACUGAUUCUGCCUGUUCAGGGACAGUGUUCAUCUUUUUUAAUUGGAUCUGCGUCUGUUCGUUUGCUCUGCAUAUAUCUAUGCCUUUAUUCCGCGUUGUGGUUCGCGCAGCAUACUUGCUCUUACUCCGUUAUCUUUACAGCCAAUCACAAGUCUGUCUCUGAUCAUUUCGUCUAUCAUUGACCCGAAAGCACAAGAAUCCGACAAUUGACGCAACCUCACAAUAUAUUGACCAGACGUCUGCUUGAGUUUGUUCACGUGUUAAAAAUGAAUCUUUAAUUAUUUACAUUACGAGUGGGUUCAAAAUGUCUUUGUAAAACGUUAAGGAUUGUCUUAUAAUUGUUUAUAUCCUCUUCCCACAGAUCUGGGUGACGCUGAAGCAUAUGGCACUCUCUUCCAAAACACUGAGCAGUGUUGCCACUCUCACAUGAUACAAAUCGCCGUUCAUGUCCAUGGCGCUAGCCACCGGAAUUUGACUGAGAGACAUUGCAGACUCUUCGUCCUCGUUCAUUUGUUCCACUUAUCUGCGUUUAUCCGACAGCGAUUACAUUGUCCACAUACAUUGUCCUAUUUUCCGUAGCGCUUGACUUUGGGUUAUUUUCUCUGACACCAUGUUUUUCUGUGAAUAACUCACGUCGGAGAGUUUGGUAAAGUUCAAGCAUAAUCCUUUACUCAGGUAUAACAUGUUACAGGUCACAACAUCCUAAUCAGACACUCAUAAUAUACCUGUUUAUAUAUCCUAGAAGGUGCCCCACAGGCGCCAUCUCUGGGUUGGCGUUAUAAACAUUAUCUUAACAUUAUGUGCUUGUCGUUGGAACUUUUAACCGCAUAAAGGAAGAAUUACGCGUCAAUUUCUAACUCGAUUCUCUUUGUUACUAAACAGCCUGUGAUGCGACGCGCCGGUGCGACUGGUCACUGGCGUCCGCACUCAUUCCACAAAUCGAAACUGCAAUGAGAAAUAGGACAGAUCGAAUCCUAAUGCUGAUCUACAUUGUGAACACAUUUAGCGUUAUAGGUGUUCUCAUUACUGAUUCAUUUACAUCGAUCCAAACUUAUUCUUGAGUAUGGCAAUGAAGAGUUGGGUGUCCAGCACAUGUGUUGCCAAGCGUGACCACAGCAAACCUAAAGCUGGUGAACUGGCCUACCGCAAAGGAGACAUCCUCACUAUUGUGGAAACAGGAACGGGGAAAGGACAUUACAUAGCCAGACACAACACCACAGGAGAGGAAGGACUCAUCUCUACCACCAACGUGCGAGAACGAGAGGCCAUUUGCGUCGACCCUAGUCUCAGUCUCAUGCCCUGGUUCCAUGGGAAGAUCUCAGGUCCUGAGGCGGUGUCCAAGCUGCUGCCUGUGGAGGAUGGCCUGUUCCUGGUGCGGGAGUCCAUCCGCCACCCUGGUGACUACGUGCUCUGUGUCAGCUACUCCAGCCAGGUCAUCCACUACCGAGUCAUCUACCAGGACAGCAAACUGACCAUCGACAACACCCAGUACUUCUACAACCUCUUAGACAUGAUAGAGUUCUACUCCAAGCACAAGGGAGCUAUUGUUACCAAACUUCUAAAGCCCAAAGAGAAGGAGGGCACCAAGUCAGCUGAGUUGGAGCUGUCUAAAACGGGAUGGCUGCUGGACUUCAGGGAGCUGACCUUGGGAGGGAGUAUCGGGGAGGGGGAGUUUGGAGCGGUGUAUGCAGGAGACUACAUGGGCCAGAAGGUGGCAGUAAAGAACAUUAAAUGUGAUGUAACAGCACAGGCAUUCUUAGAAGAGACCACUGUUAUGACGAAACUGCAGCAUAAGAAUCUGGUGCGGUUGUUGGGGGUGAUCCUACACAAUGGACUGCACAUCGUCACAGAGCUCAUGGCCAAGGGUAAUCUGGUGAACUUCCUCCGGACAAGGGGCCGUUAUGUCAUCAGCACUGACCAGCUACUACGCUUUGCACUAGAUGUAUGUGAGGGUAUGGAGUACCUGGAGUCUAAGAGGUUGGUCCACAGAGACCUAGCAGCCCGUAACAUCCUGGUCUCUAACGAGGGCGUGGCCAAGGUCAGUGACUUUGGAUUGACCAAGUUGGACUGCAAGGCCUCAGACAAGUCUAAACUACCAGUCAAAUGGACAGCCCCUGAAGCCCUGAAGAAAGAGAAAUUCUCCACGCGGUCAGACGUCUGGAGCUACGGUGUUCUCCUCUGGGAGACGUUCUCUUAUGGUCGACAACCCUACCCCAAGAUGUCUCUGAAGGAGGUGAAGGAGCUUGUGGAGCAGGGUUACCGUAUGGAGGCUCCAGAGGAGUGUCCCCCCAGUGUCUACGCCCUGAUGAGGUGCUGCUGGGAGGCUGAGCCCAGGAAGAGGCCCUCCUUUCAGAAACUACAGGAGAAGCUGGAGAGAGAGCUGACCAAACACAGCCCUGGCUGCUGAAAUCAAUUUAAUAAUCCUAUUCAAAUAACUACUGUUCUUUUGUUUUGGGCUGCCUGGAGCAGGGACAGUAACCCGGGACAGGUGGACCCAAGUGGUUACAGCUCGCUUCACAGCUUUCCCGGGAAACUCAACGUAUUCUAGCAUCACGCAUCUUGAUUUGCUUAAAGAAAAAAAUCAUAUCGUUUUUAUGGCAAAAUCGUUUAAACGUAUGUUGAGUUUGUGCGGUGAAGGAUGCAGGAUAUUACAAUAAGACAUGACCUGUAACAACAUGUUAUCGAUUUUUAUUUUAUUUUUAUGGAAUGAUCUGCUGUAAUGAAGAGUCCUUACACUUAUUUCUGCCUGUGGUAUUAGAGGGAGCAACUCAACUCGUCAUAUCUCAGUCUUCCCUGUGGCUCAGUUGGUAGAGCAUGGUGUUUAGAACGCCAGCAUGGUGUGUGCAACGCCAGGGUUGUGGGUUCGAUUCCCACGGGGGGCCAGUACAAAAAAAAUUAUAAUAAUAAAAAUAAUGCAUGAAAUGUAUGCAUUCACUACUGUAAGUCGCUCUGGAAAAGAGCGUCUGCUAAAUGACUAAAAUGUAAAAAAAUAUCUCCACACCCCAAUUCUCUUUCCUGAGCAACAUAUUAUUUGUGUUACCAAUAUGUGGCCAUUAUUUUUCUUUCAUAAGAGACAGAGAGCGAAAAGGAUUGAGGGAGAGAGAGAGAUGGAAAGAGGGAAAAUGCUGAUCCGGGAUUAAAUCCCAGAUCAUCCGUAUCUGCUUGUUUCAGACUGUAAUUGUCCAGCAAUAUGCCCUGCGACUCGGAGCUUAAUAUGUGAAAUCUUGAAUGUUAUUGCUGAUAUUAGUAAGGAAUUACAAAGCCGACAGCAGUUUGUCUGUGUACAAGCUCUGAGGAGCUACAGGGGAUUGGGACGGAAUAUCCUAUUUUAUUUUCAGUUCAUUUGCCAUAAAUGUAGUAGGUCUAUACUCCCAUACAACCAGUGACUCAGCAGGUCUUAGUCGAUCUAUCUGUGUAAAGGGAAUUUCUUUAUUAAAUCCAGUUCCUAAAAGCAAAGGGGUGCUCGGUUUGAACAGUAAUUGUUGGAUUUUGGACAAUGGACAUUUACAAAGAAGAGAAACAUACUGCAUCUGGGGUUUACAAAAAAAUAAAAAUAAUGAAGAGCACAUAAGGGACUUAUCUCUAAAACAACCAAGGUUCCUCUGUCUUCAAGCAGCUAUGAUUUAACUCAACUCAGAUUAGAGAGGGGAGAGAUUUUUAUUUUAUUAUUGUUGUCACGUUACAACCCAAAUUAAAGAUGUCAUUAGUUUUAA